CAGACCAACCCGGUACUUAGCUUGAAGCCUUGUUUAGCCAGCUCUACACCGCCGCGCUUCGCCACUUGCGUUGGAUUUGACAGGGAAGGAAAGCAUGACGAAAUUUGCUUGGGCUUCGGCUGCCUUGCUAUUAGUCCUCGUGACGUCAAUGCCCCCAAGCUCGACUGCGCUCAAUGCCAUCGAGCUCGCGCCUGCUGCCCAGUCGAUCUACGGCACAGACAACAUCGGGGUAGCAAAGCCCUUCUUCGACCUCUCGGCGAAAUGGAUUUGGUACCAUACCAACGGUGCUGGCAGCGGCAGUAAUCGCACCUCUUCUGGACAGUCUAUUGCGCCCCUGUUCAUCAAGACCAUAACUGUCUCAACCGCGGGAGGCACACAGGCCCUGCUGCACAUUAUUCCAGAUGACGAUGCCAAUAUCUAUGUAAACGGUUUCUUCAUUCAAUCUGUAAACGCUGGCUGGACGUCUGGAACAUAUACCAACAGGCCUAUCACCAUCAACCUAGUCCAGGGCACCAACGUGCUUGCGAUAAGCAUCCGCAACUCUGGCGGCGGACCUGCAGCACUUCUUGCUUCACUUACAAGCAUGGACGGCAGAACUGUUCUGGCUCGCACAGACAAGUCCUGGGAGGUGAAUCUGCAGCUGGUAUAA